AUGGUGCCCUACUCCCCUUGCUUCCUUCUCCUCAUGGUGCUGCCGGCGCUACUACUCGGCCUCGCAGGGGCCAGCCAGCGGUGCUCGUUUCACGGCGUGACGGUGGUGCCGCUGGACGGCGGCGGCAGCGGCAGCGGCGGAGGUCUGACGGCAGAUGAUGUGCGGGCGCACGUGGAGGAGAAGGUGGAGUGGGUCGACCCCCAGAAGCAGCCCUGGUCCUGCGUCGACGGCCGCGCCACCCAGCCCGGCCUCACCACCCCCGCCGGCGACUCCGGCGAGUUCAUCCUCGGCCUCGUCGCGUACGAGGAGCGGCUGCUGGCGGUGAUGCCGCGCGCGGGCCACCUGACCGAGCACGACGUGACGGCCCUGUUCGAGGACUUCGUCCGCACCAUCCCCUACUCCCGCCGCUUCUACAUGCACACCGACGAGCACGCGGUGGAGCGGUUGCGGGAGGCGACGGGGGACGACGGGUUCGAUCCGGCGCGCAAGCCGGCGCAGGAGGACCAGGCGCAGCUGCUGGAGCUGCUCGCCGACCCGGCCUACCUCGGCUGCGGCCACCUGCGGCUCCUCAUCCAGCACCCCGACCAGUACCGCGUGCGCCCGCAGCUCACCCAGUGGUUCAUCAAGGCGUUCUUUGAUUUCAUGUGGAACCACGAGCACGGCGGCAAGUUGCACCACCACACGUCCAUCGCCCUCGUCGAACUGGAGGGCAGCCACUGCAUGGGGCUGGCGCCGAUGAUUCCGGGCAUCGACGACCUCAACUCGUUCUUCACCGACCACGCCUCCUUCGUGUCCCUCGGCAUCCGCGGCGAGGUGGCCCGCUUCUUCGCCGGAAAGCUGGACGAGCAGUCCAUCGGCCUUUCCGACGCGCCCAUCAUGACGCCGGGCACGACCCUGCACGCGGACAAGAACUACGCCCAGCUGCUCGGCCGCAUGACCGAGCUGGGCAACAUCCAGCUGGGCCUGACGGUGGGCUAUCUGGCCAAGGGCGAGCCGCAGUACGCGGUCAACAUCGUCGUCGACCGUGAGCGGAAAAUGGGCAUGAUCAUAGGGAGCCUGGUGAGCAUCGCGGCAUGGGUGGUGGCCCUCGCGGCCAUGAUCCUCUUCGGCCGAAGAGCCCUCCGAGAAGAAGAGCGCAAUGCGCACAACCUCGUGUGA